AUGAGGCGAGGGAUGGGAGGAGUGGUAGUCGUCGUGAUGGUGUUGGUGGCCCUGGUGCUAGUGAAGGCUGAAGGAAAGACGGAGGCUGAGCCGCUCGAGGCCACGGUGGAGGUGCACCUGAAGCAGGGAGCCAUCUUCGCUGCCAGGGAGGAGGCCGGAGAGGGAAGGUACUUCUACAGCUUCAAGGGCAUCCCCUACGCCCAACCUCCUGUCGGCGACCUCCGGUUCAGAGACCCAGUGCCUGCUGAAGGAUGGUCGCAGCCCAAGAAUGGUUCACUGGAUCCCACCGUCUGUCCUCAACUCUCUUACGAGAGCCUCUUACAAAGCCAGGAGGAAAUAAUAGGGAGUGAAGACUGCCUCUACCUUACUGUGCAUACGCCCAAUCCUCGCGCCUCCCACCUCCCGGUGAUGGUGUGGAUUCAUGGAGGAGCAUUCAAGUCAGGCGGGACUGCCACCUGGAACCCGCCGCUGCCUCUGCUCACCAGGGACAUUGUUCUCGUCGUCCCCCGGUACCGUCUGGGAACUCUCGGGUUCCUGUCCACGGAGGACUCUAUAAUGCCGGGUAACUUGGGCCUGAAGGACCAGACGCUGGCACUACGCUGGGUGCACAACAACAUUCGUGACCUGGGUGGCGACCCAAACAAGGUCACCAUCUUCGGCGAGAGUGCUGGAGCUGCUUCAGUACACUUUCAGAUCUUGUCGCCAAGUGCCAAAGGUUUGUUCAGGCGAGCCAUCCUUCAGUCAGGGUCAGCCUUGUCUUCCUGGGCCCUGAGGGAGAACCACAGGCAGGUGGCCCUCCAGCUGGGGCACAAGUUCAACUGUACUGACGCGGUCUCGUCGUCGCCUACACUGGAGAGCACCCAGCUCCUCGCCUGCCUCCAGCAGCUCCCACUGCAAGAACUUGUCUUGGCAAACAAUCACUUUACA